CUCCCCCCGCCCGAGUUACAACCGGUUCGUGCCGGCACCGGCCGCCGCCCCGCCCCGCACCGCCGCACCGUACCGCGCCGGGGAUGCGGGGCUGCCCCGGCUCGCCCCGGGGCCGGCUCCCGCCCCCCGCCCCGCCGGCCGCCCGCUGCUGCCGGCGCGGGGCGCAGGUAGAGUUGCCACGUGAAGGUACAUUUGUAGGGAGCUGAAGGACUUUUGUGUCAUCAUCUGGCAAAGGAGAUAAAAUUGUUGAGAAUCACAUGUCUGGUUAGUGACAGAGCCAGGAGCAGAACAUGGAUUUUGUGAUCAUCGCUUCGGCAGAUUGCUCCCUCUAGAGAGGGAGGGCAGGUUCUGCCUGUACAUCUGCACUCAUCUGACAAGAUGGUAUUUCGGAAACCACCAGAUGGUGGCUGGGGCUGGGUGAUUGUUGUCGUUUCCUUCUUUACUCAGUUCUUGUGUUACGGAUCACCGCUGGCGGUGGGAGUCUUGUAUUUAGAAUGGCUGGAUGCUUUUGGCGAAGGGAAAGGCAAGACUGCUUGGGUUGGAUCACUAGCAAACGGAAUCGGAUUGCUUGCCAGUCCUGUCUGCAGUAUAUGUGUGUCAUCUUUUGGAGCAAGACCAGUAGCAAUUUUCAGUGGUUUUAUGGUGGCCGGGGGCCUCAUGAUGAGCAGUUUUGCACCUAACAUAUACUUUCUAUAUAUUUCAUAUGGGAUUGUUGUUGGGCUGGGAUGUGGCCUUUUGUAUACCGCAACAGUUACCAUCACUUGCCACUAUUUUGACAAACGCAGAGGCCUUGCACUUGGUCUGAUUUCAACAGGCUCGAGUGUUGGACUCUUUAUAUAUGCAGCAUUGCAAAGAGAGCUUAUUGAUCUAUAUGGACUGGAUGGUUGUCUGCUAAUAGUUGGUGCACUGUCUCUAAACAUAUUAGCAUGUGGCAGCCUAAUGAGGCCACUGGAGUCAUCUGAUUCCCCUCCACCAGAAAAAACAUGUGUAGACAAAGUCCCAGAUCAAUAUUUUGUUUACCAUGAAAAAGAAAAGACUGUUGAAGAAAAUAUAAGCAUCCUUGAAAAGGGCUACGUUGAUGAAAAAUGUGCAAACAAUAUACCUGAUUACAAACAGGAUAGCAUUUUAAAUAAGAAUGUAUUAAGCUCAAUAAAUGUAAAUGAGAAAGACACUUAUAAAAAGAAAGUUGUAGAACAGACAAACUUCUGCAAGCAACUCGCCAAAAGGAAGUGGCAGCUCUAUGUGAACUACUGGGAAGAAACCGUGGUUCUUUUUAAGAACAAAGUAUUUUCAGCUCUCUUUGUUGCCAUCUUGCUCUUUGAUAUUGGUGGAUUUCCUCCUUCUCUCCUCAUGGAAGAUGUAGCAAGAAGCGCAAACAUUAAUGAAGAUGACUAUCACAUGCCCCUUAUUUCCAUUAUAGGCAUUAUGACCACUGUUGGCAAACUUACUUUAGGAAUACUUGCAGAUUUUAAGUGGGUUAACACUUUAUAUCUGUAUGUAACUACCCUACUAAUGACAGGAGUGGCCUUGUUUGCAAUUCCAUUUGCCAAAAGUUACCUUACACUAGCGAUGCUUUCUGGGAUUUUGGGGUUUCUCACUGGGAACUGGUCAAUUUUUCCGUAUGUAACAACAAAGACUGUGGGAAUUGAGAAACUGACUCAUGCAUAUGGGAUACUGAUGUUCUUUGCUGGGCUUGGAAAUAGCCUCGGACCACCAAUUGUAGGUUGGUUUUACGACUGGACACAGGAGUAUGACACUGCAUUCUACUUCAGUGGCUUUUGUGUCUUACUGGGUGGAUUUCUUCUGCUGUUGGCAGCGUUACCCUGCUGGAAUGCCUGUACCAAUCCGAGCGCAAAGCUGCCUCCAAAUACUUACUCCUACAAGGUUGCAUCUAGUGCUUAGGUGACAACUGGAAAACACUUUGUGCUUUUUUAUAUUAUAUAGCAAAGUAUUUUAGUAAUUUUCCACUUAUUUAUAAAGCCCACAAAUCCUCUUCCACUAGAAAAAUUUCGUUGUUGCUUGUUGUUCAGUUUCUUUUUCUUUUCAUUUUUUAUUUUAUUUUUAAGAACAGUCUUAUUUUAUCUACUGUGUACUGUGUUUUCAGCCUUUGUCUACUGUAAUUUCCUUUCACCCUGUAAGGGGUAUAUUCUGCUGUAUUAUCAGCUGUACUUGUUUUUUUAAGGGGAGUGGUGCAGAGGGAUGAAAACGUCAAAGCAAAAAUGAAGGCCUGUUCCUUACUGGAGAAGGUUGGCAUUUCCGUCACCUUUUAUAGGUCUCCGAGUUGCACAAUCAGACUUUACGAAACAAAAAUUUGCCUUAUUAGAAUGUAAUACUGUGACAAGGUGCUUAUAACAUCAUGCUUAGAUUAACUUUUUGUCUUUUUAAAAUUUCUCCAAGUAACAAUGAAGUGCCAGUUGGGGGAGGGAGAAGAGGGGGAAUAAAACCAACCUUGUAUUGCAUAACUGAAAUUAAAUUUAUGAUGAAAGUAAAGAUUCUUACUACCACUGCAGCUAAGAACUAUGUUUAUAAAUAUUGCACAUUUUGUGAAGUCUGUUUAUAAAACUGUUGAACCAAAACCUUUUAAACCAAGGAAUAAAUAUGAUUAUUGAAAACAUGAAAAGAAAUGUU